AUGGAUACUCAAGUACAGGAAGCGCAGGCCAUAAAGGCCAGAGUCAUAAAGGUUGAUUCUGUGGAGACUUGGGACUUGUAUGUAACCCAAGCCACCAACCAAGGCUGCCCUAUUGUUGCACACUUUACUGCUUCAUGGUGCAUGCCUUCGGUGGCUAUGAACCCAUUCUUUGAGGAAUUGGCCUCAAGCUAUUCGGAUGUUCUGUUUCUCGCGGUUGAUGUGGAUGAUGUUAAGGAGGUAGCGACUCGACUGGAGAUAAAGGCUAUGCCAACUUUUUUGCUGAUGAGGGAAGGUGCACUGGUUGACAAGCUUGUGGGUGCCAAUCCUGAAGAGAUAAGGAAAUGGAUCGAGGGUUAUGUUCAGUCCAUACGUGUUUCUGUUGCGUAG